CCGCUCCCGGGAGUCUGGAACGGCAAAGGGGUUGGGCGGGGAGUGGCAGGCAGGUUUUUGAGUGGCAGACGGUCUGGGGGAGGCUGGGGCGCGCGCGGCCGGCCCCCAGUAAUUCCCCGGGCACCACCUGGCCCUUAGCCCCCACGGGGGAGAGUUUACUGCCCGGAGAGACGCGCCUGUGCCCUGUGGGGGGCGGGGACGGAGGGUUCUGGAGCCUGAAGCCGCCUGUGGGCGGGCGGCCUGGAGGAGGAGGAGUGCAGGGGCUCAGCUGGCAGAGGUUCACGGACGCCAGCUGGGAGGCGGCCUCGUGAUGCUCGGCGCGUCGGGAGUGUUUCUACCUCCCCAGUCCCGGAGCCGCAGGUCCGAGCGUGUCCGGCCAGGUGGGCGCCGUCCCGGCCGGGCCCUGCCGGGGCGUGAGUAGUCCGAGAGCUCGGGCCGCCCCUCUCCUCCACCCGCGCCCUGGGCUCGGGGGGCCCGCGGAGGAAGACUAGGGGGCCCACUUUCAGCCCUGCGGCCCUGCAGCCUCCUGUGGACUCAGCGCACAGCACUCGGAGUUGCCAGGCGUGUCGCUUUUUAAACCUCAGGGGUGGACUCCGGAUGCCUGUGUCUUCCUUCUAGGGCUCCAAAGGCUAAUUAACCCGUGGUUAUGGACUGAAAUGCCUCCUUUCCUUUAAUUCAGUAAAAUCCUGCCAAUAUUUAUUGAGCUCCUGUGGGCCAGGCGCAGUUCUGCGUGCUGGGGCCAGAGAGGCGGAGCUGAAGUUUCUUCGCCCAGAAGCCCACAGAGUGGUUGGGGGAGACCGAACCAAGCUGCCUACCCAGGGAACUUGGAUUCAGGGCAGCUGGACAAGGGCCACUGAGGGGCUGGAACUGGAGGAGGUCGGUUGGGCCAGGUUGGGGAUGUAAUGACACGUCAGAGGGCAGCGUGUAGGCACUCGGGCUUGCCUUACCGUAAAUCAAUGAGAACUCUCCCAUUGGAAAGGAUUCUGAAAGAAAUGAAGAAAGCUAUCAGAAAUGAAGUCAGUAGCCUCAAGGCCUUCUGUUGACGGGACUGGCUUUUUCCUGCUGCCGUUCCUUGGAGAGACGCUGUUCAGGAUGUCUGCUGAGGUCAUCCAUCAGGUUGAAGAGGCACUUGAUGAAGACGAGAAGGAGAUGCUUCUAUUUUUGUGCCGGGACGUUGCUGCAGAUGUGGCUCCACUUAACGUCAGGGAUCUUCUGGAUAUUUUAAGAGAGAGAGGAAACCUGUCUUCUGGGGGCUUGGCUGAGCUGCUCUACAGAGUGAGGCGGUUUGACUUGCUCAAGCGCAUCUUGAAGAUGGACAAAACGGCAGUAGAGGCACACCUGCGCAGGCACCCUCGGCUUGUAUCGGACUAUAGGGUGCUGAUGACGGAGAUUGGGGAGGAUUUGGAUAAAUCUGAUGUGUCCUCAUUAAUUUUCCUCAUGAGGGAUUAUAUGGGCCGAAGCAAGAUAGCCAAGGACAAGAGUUUCUUGGAUCUUGUGAUUGAAUUGGAGAAACUAAAUCUGCUUGCUCCAGAUCAGUUGGAUUUAUUAGAAAAAUGCCUAAAGAACAUCCACAGAAUAGACCUGAAGACAAAAAUCCAGAAAUACAGGCAGUCUGCUAUAGCUCCAGGAACGGGAACAAGUUAUGUAAAUGCUCUCCAGGCAUCUCUUCCAAACUUAAGUCUUAAGGAUCCUUCAUAUAACUUAAGGCUCCAGAAUGGGAGAAGUAAGGAACAGAGACUCAUUGUGGAACAACUUGACACUCAAAAACCAGUGAAGACAUCUGUUCAGGAAUCAGGAGCAUUUUUGCCUCAGCACAUACCAGAACAGAGAUACAAGAUGCAGAGCAAGCCUCUAGGAAUCUGCCUGAUAAUUGACUGCAUCGGCAAUGACACGGGGAUUCUUCGGGACACCUUCACCUCCCUGGGCUAUGAAGUCCAGUCUUUCUUGUAUCUGAGCGUGGACGAUAUAAGGCAGAAUCUUAAGAAAGUUGCCUGCAUGCCCCAGCACCAAGACUACGACAGCUUCGUGUGUGUCCUGGUGAGCCGAGGGGACUCCCAGAGCGUUUUUGGCGUGGAUCCGACGCACUCAGGGUUCCCCUUGGACCAGAUCAGGAGGAUGUUCAUGGCAGAUUCAUGCCCUUCUCUGUUAGGGAAGCCAAAGCUCUUUUUUAUUCAGAAUUAUGUGGUGUCAGAGAGCCAGCUGGAGGACAGCAGUGUCCUGGAGGUGGACGGGCCAGUGGUGAACCAUGUGGAGUCCAGGGCAAGACCACCUGAGCCCUGCACGCUUCACCGAGAGGCUGACUUCCUCUGGAGCCUGUGCCGAGCCAACGUGUCCCUGCUGGAGCGGCCCACCAGCUCCCCGUCGGUGUACCUGCAGUGCCUCUCCCAGAAACUGUGGCAAGAGAGAAGACGCCCCAUCCUGGAACUGCACAUUGACCUCCACCGCUACGUGUAUGACUGGAACAGCACAGUGUCUGCUAAGGAGAGGUACUCCGUCUGUCUGCAGCACACCCUGAGAAAGAAGCUCAUCUUCUUCUGCAAAUGAAAAGAUCAACACCCGGCUUAUCCCUGCAGUCUCCCUCCAUCACUAACCAGGGCAGAGUUUCCAAGCGAGUGUGUGUGUGAUGUAGGUGAGGUGAGGUCCUGGCCGUGCUGAGGCGACCUGUGAGGAGUCACAGGUUGACGGGAAGUCGUGCUUGAACUAUAGCUUCUGAGGUGAAGGUCGUGGCCUCUGUGUUGGGCCAGGUCAGUGUUGGGAAGGAAAUGUCUUUGAGACUUUAGAAACCAGUUACUGGUUGACUUGGGCAUUUCUGGAGUAUGUUGCCUUCCAUGGUAACAAUCAAGUAACCGAGGGCUAAGAAAGAAGCAGUUCGAGUGCUUGCAGUCAAAGAGUUAAUUAGCCCGUGGCCAUCCGUACUCCAUGUAGAAAGUAAAAUCAGCUAUGACCUGAAAGGAGACCCUUGUUUAAAAUAUCUCUUGAAGGUCUUUAUUUUUUAAUUUAUUUAUUCUUAUGUUGAUUUUAAGUGGAGUGUGUCUGUGUGUGUAUGUUUAUGUAUGUUUUGUCAUGGUCAUUCAGCAAAGGUUCCAAAGCAUGGAAAGAACAAUUUUAUGGCUAUUCAUAAGCACUUAUUUCUACUCUGGAAGUUCUUUUGCCGUCCUUGUGUUAAUGAGUGUGGGACUCCUGAGAGUGUCUGAAUUUCAUGUUGCUGAGGGGCACCAGCAGGAAUAAUGUCUGUGCCUGGACUCAUGAACCAGAAUCUCAUAGUAAUUAUUACAGAGGAAAACUGUUUGACAGGGUUCUGCACACUUUUGUCACUUGUCUUUGGGCUACAUUAUUUUUGUUGACACCAACCAUCAGUCACUCCCCAAGUCCCAAAGAGAAGAUGCUAAGUGUUUGCUUGUGGGUUUGGCUCCCUGGCAAGGGGUGUGGGGUGGAGUAAAGAAGGAUUGGGAUUCCAGGCUCGGGCUGACCAACGGGAGGAAUGAGGCCUUGGCUUCCCUUGGCCACUUCACAGAGCCUCACAGAGAGUGAGGUGAGAGAGCCUUACAGUCAUACCUGGAGAGGCUCUGUGGUGGCCUUGGGGAUGCCAUGCGAGCGUCACUAUUGUUAUCACACCACACUAUAAUGAGGGAGUUAUUUUGGAAAUGGUGAACCAAACCUUGAACAGCUGGUAGGAUUUUGGCAGGUUGAGAUGGAGCACAGAGUAUGUUGUAGGAGAGGAAGCAAGUCAAGUGGAGGGACAGACGGGAAAUGCGAGGCAUGUUUCAGAAACCUGGAGCAGAAAGUAUGUUGUAGGAGAGGAAGCAAGUCAAGUGGAGGCACAGACGGGAAAUGCGAGGCAUGUUUCAGAAACCUGGAGC